UGCAAUCAGCUGUUUGGUUGAAAAUAUUUCUUCUCUGAUGGUAUUUGGCGUUGUUUUCCGAUAAAAAAUCGAGUUUCUUGCCUAAAUUAGGUUCUAAUAUUUAGAGGAAAUGGUGGUGAAUGUUUUUAUACGGGGAUUCGCUCUGAUUUAUUGUCAAAAAAAGCGGGAAUUAGCAAAAUUAGGACAAUAUGGAACGGCAUUCACCGCAGGCCUCACUCUAUUCUCGUCCAAAUCGCCAAUCGACACAAAAGCUUUCAUGGCACUACCCAUAACACCAUUGGAACGUUUAGAACAAAAUCCGGACGACAUGAAAACGAGAAUGGAACUAAUGAUUAUGAAAGUACAAAGUGAAUUUUGCAAGGCCUUGGAAAACGAAGACACUGUCAAGUUUAAAGUGGACCGAUGGGAACGUUCAGAGGGUGGCGGUGGUGUUACUUGCGUUUUACAAAAUGGAAAAAUUUUUGAGAAAGCUGGUGUCAAUAUAUCAGUAGUUCAUGGUGAGCUUUCACCAAGUGCAGUAGCUCAAAUGCGUUCAAGAGGAAAAAAGCUUGAAGAAGGAACAUUACCAUUUUUUGCUGCUGGUAUAAGUGCUGUGAUACAUCCUGUUAACCCAAUGGUUCCUACCAUUCAUUUCAAUUACAGAUAUUUUGAGGUUCAAAGUGGUAACGAAGCUCAGUGGUGGUUCGGAGGUGGCACGGAUCUUACCCCUUACUAUCUGAACACAGCAGAUUGUAUACACUUCCAUACAACAUUAAAAAACGCUUGCGACAAACACGACAAAUCGUAUUAUCCUAAAUUCAAAAAAUGGUGCGACAAUUAUUUCAAUAUUGCACAUAGAGGAGAAAGGCGUGGUGUAGGCGGCAUAUUUUUUGAUGAUUUAGACGAACCAAAUAGCGAGGAAUGUUUUAAAUUUGUUAGCGAUUGUGCUAAUGCAGUUAUUCCAUCUUAUGUUCCUUUAGUCCAAAGACACAAGCUUGCCAGUUACACUAAAGUGGAACGUGAAUGGCAAUUAUUGAGAAGAGGUCGAUAUGUUGAAUUUAAUCUUAUUUAUGACAGAGGGACUAAGUUUGGAUUGUACACUCCAGGAGCCCGAUUUGAAAGUAUUUUAAUGUCUUUGCCAUUAUAUGCGAAAUGGGAAUACAUGAACAUACCAACAGCAGAAUCCCCUGAAGGUAUUUUAAUAGAAGUUUUGAAAAAUCCUAGAGAUUGGGUUGAUCCUGCAACAGUUGAAACUGAACACAAGAACCAAGAACUUAGAAAUGAAGUUUAAUUUUUUGUAAACUUGGUAUCACUCAACUACAUAUUUAAGAAAUAAGUUGUUGCAAUUGUCAUGGAUUUUAUACAAUGUUUAAAUAAAACAAAGUUUGUUACAAUAAAAUGAUCAUUUAUU